UUUACGUUGUUGAUUGAAGAAGAUAGCGGUUUUAGACCAGAGUUGGGGAGUUUAAUGAUGGCGUCGUGCGAAUUUUGUAACAAUAAACCUGCAGUUUUGUACUGCAGGGCUGACUGGGCGAAGCUUUGUUUGUUGUGUGAUCACCAAGUUCACUCAGCAAAUGUUCUUUCUUUGAAACACUUACGUUCACAGAUUUGUGGCAAUUGUAGAGCUGAGCCGGUUUCGGUUUGCUGUUUCACUGAAAAUCUUAAGCUUUGCCAAGAUUGUGACACCGACUCACACAGGGAUCCCUCCGGGUCGUCGCUGCACGAACGGUGUUCAGUUGAAGGGUUCUCUGGUUGUCCACCGGUGACUGGGAUGGCAGCAUUAUUUGGGUUUCAAUUGACGGCCAAGAGUUUAGAGAAUUUGUGUUCUGGGUUUGGUGUUUCUGAGCCAAAAAGGUUGAAUUCGGAGGAUCUUUUGGCACCGAAACAGAUUUGCUCAGCUUUUAUGAGGUGUGAAGAGUAUAAUCGAGAUGUUUGCGAGCAGUUGGUGGAGAUGUAUCGGAGGGAGAAUGGAGAUGGAGCUGAAUUAGAGCCAGGGACGCCACCAAAUGGAGGUGAUCAACAGAUGGAAAAUAUGGAUGAGGAAGAAUUGCUAUGUCAGCAAACUACAUUUACAUCUCUGUUAAAUUUGGCUCCAAAUGUGGACUUGAGAAAGUAUUACGGCAUUGUCCCUGAAAAUGAUCUUAUCUGGGAUUGUAAUCCCAAAUAUCAAGCGGCUCAGGAUCUCUCAAAUCAGCCAUUGUCGUGCCACACACCAACGACAGAAGAAAGCAAUAAUACACCCCCAAUUGGGCAAUCGAUAUCAACAGAAUUAAGGGCAGUUGAAUCCGAAACAUGGGAUAGUACCCGACUUGUCCACAUCCUUCAUAACCCUUUUCUGGCAGGCAGUGAAGCUGUAAAAGAGGCAAAAUCUAGGGUUGACACGGACCUGUUGGCCCAGAACAGAGGCAUUGCCAUGUUACGCUAUAAGGAAAAGAAGAAAUAUCGAAGAUACGAUAAUCACAUCCGUUAUGAGUCGAGGGAGGCGAAGGCCGAUAGGAGAAAGCGAGUGAAAGGUCGGUUCGCCAAGGCAGGCGAAGCUACUGCUAUUGAAAUGUGAUCGUUUGAUGUUUCCGAUUGUUGCCGAGCUUAUUUUAAGUUCAAUGUCUCUGGACUCUCAACUCUUCCACAAGUUCAAAUAAGAAGUGCGGUGAGUGGUGUUUCAUUCCACCUUCCAAGAGGAUUAAAUGAAGUCGAAAUAUGUCUAUGGAACUGAA